AUGUUGCCAGUAUUGACUCGUAUUCCAGUCAGUAAGUCACCAGCCAAUAUCCCUCCAGUAUUGACUCGUAUUCCAGUCAGUAAGUCACCAGCCAAUAUCCCUCCAGUAUUGACUCGUAUUCCAGUCAGUAAGUCACCAGCCAAUAUCCCUCCAGUAUUGACUCGUAUUCCAGUCAGUAAGUCACCAGCCAAUAUCCCUCCAGUAUUGGCUCGUAUUCCAGUCAGUAAGUCACCAGCCAAUAUCCCUCCAGUAUUGACUCGUAUUCCAGUCAGUAAGUCACCUCCAGUAUUGACUCGUAUUCCAGUCAGUAAGUCACCAGCCAAUAUCCCUCCAGUAUUGGCUCGUAUUCCAGUCAGUAAGUCACCUCCAGUAUUGACUCGUAUUCCAGUCAGUAAGUCACCAGCCAAUAUCCCUCCAGUAUUGACUCGUAUUCCAGUCAGUAAGUCACCAGCCGAUAUCCCUCCAGUAUUGACUCGUAUUCCAGUCAGUAAGUCACCAGCCACUAUCCCUCCAGUAUUGACUCGUAUUCCAGUCAGUAAGUCACCAGCCACUAUCCCUCCAGUAUUGACUCGUAUUCCAGUCAGUAAGUCACCAGCCAAUAUCCCUCCAGUAUUGACUCGUAUUCCAGUCAGUAAGUCACCUCCAGUAUUGACUCGUAUUCCAGUCAGUAAGUCACCAGCCAAUAUCCCUCCAGUAUUGGCUCGUAUUCCAGUCAGUAAGUCACCUCUAGUAUUGACUCGUAUUCCAGUCAGUAAGUCAACAGCCAAUAUCCCUCCAGUAUUGACUCGUAUUCCAGUCAGUAAGUCACCUCCAGUAUUGACUCGUAUUCCAGUCAGUAAGUCACCUCCAGUAUUGACUCGUAUUCCAGUCAGUAAGUCACCAGCCAAUAUCCCUCCAGUAUUGACUCGUAUUCCAGUCAGUAAGUCACCAGCCAAUAUCCCUCCAGUAUUGACUCGUAUUCCAGUCAGUGAGUCACCAGCCAAUAUCCCUCCAGUAUUGACUCGUAUUCCAGUCAGUAAGUCACCAGCCAAUAUCCCUCCAGUAUUGACUCGUAUUCCAGUCAGUAAGUCACCAGCCACUAUCCCUCCAGUAUUGACUCGUAUUCCAGUCAGUGAGUCACCAGCCAAUAUCCCUAACUAA